AAGUCACUCGCCUCUGUCCGUCCCCCACCAAUCAGCCAUGGCAGUAUAAACGCCCCCUCCACCCAUUCCGUCCCUUUUGCAAUCCAGACAGAAUAUCCGGCAACAAGUCGACAAAUGACCGACCGCAAAACAAUUCCCACACCCGCCACCACUGGCACGCAUGCCCUCUUCACCCUCUGGGCCCGCAAACACGGUAUUGAAUUCCCAAAACUAAUUCCCGCGUACCUACCCCCCGCCGGUCUUGGCAUCAUCGCGACCGAGGAAAUCACGGGCCCGGAUCAGACCCGCCAUGGAAAAACCAUCAGCAUGAGUCUCGGGGAAGUGAUCGCUUUCACCCCGAACGCGCUCCUCCUCACCAGGGAGAACAUUGAACGGUUCAGUCCCGGCUGCGGGCUCGGGUCGCUCCUGAGGCAGAAGAGGGAUGAUGGUGGAUUGAGUUCGCAUGCUGUCUUCGCCGCGGUGAUUGCGCGGGAGAUGCGCAGGAUUGCCGAGGGCCAUGAGAACAUGUGGAGGGAAUGGAUCGACGUAUGGCCGAAGGCGAAGGAGUUUAGGGGGGGUAUGCCGCUGAUGUGGUCCCCGGAGGAGAGCAAUCUGUUGCCGCCGAGCGCUAAACGUGCCUUUUCUCCCCAAAGCUGUUGAAGGGCGGUGCUGAUGGAUCGGACCUGGUAGGAUUACUGGACGAGCAGCGAGAAAAGUUCACGAGGGAUUUCAGAACGGUGGAGCAGAAGGGAUUUGGAUUUACGAAGCAGGAGUAUAUGUGGUCUUGGAUCGUCGGCUCGUGCUCACUUACCGUUAUUCAUGGAAAAUCACUCGAUAUGCUGAUUCUCGUGCAUCAGUUAAUACUCGUACACUGUUUUACAAACCGCCCCACCCCGCGUAUAACGAUCUUCCCCGAGAGGAUUGUAUGGCAUUAUGUCCCUUUAUUGAUUACUUCAAUCACUCAGACGAUGGUGUAAGCUUCCCCGCCUUCAUCUGAGGAAACAGAACAUUAACCAACCCAUCACAGUGCAAUGUCCAGUUAACACCAACCGGAUUCACGGUAACCCCUACCAAACCCAACCACCCAGCGAAUACCCAGCUCUUCGUGACCUACGGCUGUCACAGCAACGAUUUCCUCCUCGUGGAAUACGGCUUCAACCUCCCCCUGGAGAAAAAUAAGUGGGACGAGGUCUCCAUCACACCCUACCUCCUCCCCCUCCUAUCGGAAGAACACAAGCGCGUUCUAUCGCGGGAAGGCUUCCUGGGGAAAUACGCCUUUGACAAGGAGGCCUUCUGUUUCAGGACCCAGGCCGCCGUGAGGCUGAUGCUCAUAGAGCACCCGGAAAUGGAUGCGAAUCGGCGGAAAGUGGAGGUGUGGAAGAAUUUCCUUGCCGGGCAUGACGACGGCGAGAGAGAGAGAGAAGCGGUUGAGGAGAGGUUGCUGGGCUUCCUAGACGCUUUGGAGGAGGAGGGAAAGUGUGCGGUGCUCGAGGCUGAUAAACUGCAAAGGCACAGCAUAGGGGACUUGAUUAAGAUGCGCUGGGAGCAAAUACUUAGGAUGGCAAACGACGUUAGAACAAACAUGGUGGGUGAGAACGGGGAGAGAAGAGGAAGGAGAUAUGCUACUUGAGGAGGGGGGGGGGGGGAUUGAGUAACUUUUGACACCCGUAUUAAAGGGGGGCCUUGUGUUAGGAGUAGUCUGUAUCUAAUGCCAUCACCGCUACACCCUA